AAAAGGAGCUGAAAAGCUGAAAGUAGCUUUUCCCUUCAGUGCUUAGUCUUCGCCUGCUGGUGUCGGCACACGGGGUGUUUAAGUGGCGUUUCACUUUCAAGGCAUUUAUCUCCAAGGCCAGUCCAGCAGCGACAGGGAUGAACUGGUCAGGAUUGGAGAAUCUGCUGAGCGGAGUCAAUAAGUACUCCACGGCGUUUGGGCGGAUUUGGCUGUCCAUGGUGUUCGUGUUCCGGGUGUUGGUGUUCGUGGUGGCAGCUCAGAGGGUGUGGGGUGACGAAAACAAAGACUUUGUGUGUAACACCCGACAGCCCGGCUGUACCAAUGUCUGCUACGACCACAUCUUCCCCAUCUCCCACAUCCGCCUGUGGGCGCUGCAGCUCAUCUUUGUCACCUGCCCGUCUCUGAUGGUGAUGGCUCACGUGAAACUCCGUGAAGGAAAGGACAGGAAAUACGUCGAGCUGCAUCAGGGCUCGCACCUCUACGCCAACCCUGGCAAGAAGAGAGGAGGCCUAUGGUGGACGUAUCUGCUGAGUUUGAUCUUCAAAGCUGGAUUUGACUCAGCUUUUCUCUAUAUCCUGUAUCGGUUAUAUCAUGGAUAUGACCUGCCCAGGUUGUCCAAGUGUCAGCUGUCCCCGUGCCCCAACACCGUUGACUGCUUUAUCAGCCGUCCAACGGAGAAAAAGAUCUUCAUGCUGUUCAUGGUCAUCUCCAGUGCGGUUUGCAUCCUCAUGUGUAUCCUCGAAAUGAUUUACCUCAUCGGCAAGCGCGUCAUGAAAAUAUUAAAGAUCCGACAUGAGAACGAGAGGCUCGUCUUCGCUGACCAGCACGAGCUCACUACCAUUGCUCCGCCCCGCUCUCAGUGCAGAAGCAGGAGAGAUCCGACAGUGAUCGACAGCGAGCUGGAGUUAAGCAAGAGGAAGGAUGCUAAAACUACAGUACUCUAG